AUGCGAUGGAGAUGAGAUUCAGAACCAAAAUUUGAACAAAAACUUGCGCAGAAAUUUUCUCUAUUCAUCAAUCUUUGAACCUAUCUGUCUCUCUGAUUAAUAUCUUUGAACCUCACUGUCUCUCACUAAUUAACCAUGGCCCAAGAAAAGGAAGAAUCAAGAAAGAAAAAUUUUUCCUCUGCGAAAUCAAAAAAGAGGAAGCGUCCCGUGAAAAUUCUUCUUACUCAUAUUUCUGAUGAUAUUAUACUAUGCAUUCUCUCAAGCCUCCCCACAGAAUCAAUCUGCAGGUUCAAAUGUGUGUGUAAAUCAUGGCAACGGCUUCUCUCUUCUCAAGAAUUUACCCAAUUCCACUCUCUCUCCCUCAAACUUCCUUCUGAUACCUUUGCCUUGGCCUCCAAUGGCCAGGGCUUUAUCUUUCUCCAGAACUCCAAGAACUUCACCCAAAAUUAUUCCAAUCUAGCCCCUCCUUUGACCUUGCCAGUCUCAGGGCAUCUCAAUCACUUCGUUUGCAGUAAUGGCAUUGUGUCCUACACCAUCAUUAAAAACCCUAAUAUUUAUGUCUGCAAUCCUGUAACUAAGCAGCAUCUCACCUUUCCUUUUCACCAUUUUUGUCAUCCCACAAUUUUAGGGUUUUACUUCAACCCUGUGAGCCACACUUUCAAGUUAUUGGUCCGCAGGUUAUUCUUCCACAGAAGGGGGGAGAGGUUUACCAUGUUUGUCUCGGCAACCGAGUUUUCCAUGUUGAGCUCGGCCACCGGGCAUUGGAAACAGAUUGCAGCCUCGCAGGAUAUCAUGUGUUGGAAGCAGCCUGCCAUUUGCGUGGAUGGCAUUUGUUACCAAGUUUUCAAUGAAUGCCCGAAUAUGGUUUCUGCCUUUGACAUGGAGAAGGAAAAUUGGGAACACAUUCCUCUACCUGUAAUGGACGAGUAUGAGGUAUCGUUCACUAAAUUGGUCGAGCAGGAAGGGCGGGUGUGCUUGGUUCGUUCAGCUGAGAAGAACAAAUUUGAAAUAUGGAGGCUGAUCAAGGAGAUUAAGAAGUGGGAGAAAGUUCUAGGUCCGUUUAUGGUUAGAGAAUUUGGAUUUAAAACUGCUCAUCAAUGGAGUAUAAUCCCACAUCGGCGUUCUCUUUUUUUUGCUAGAGUUAGUUUCUGCGGUAUUGAGCAGCUUUAUUUAUAUAAGAAUGGUCAUUUGAGAAGAAAAUUCAAUUGGGUUCGCCAUGGAAUUUUUCCAUUUACGCCCACCCUUAAUUAUUUGGCCAGCUAACUAUGGCUUUGAUUUCGUUUUUUAA